UAGGCUCGUAGAAUCUCCUUGCUUUUACUCUUUCUCCUGUUAAAUGUCUUCAGAUUUUAAACAGAAACAAAUGCAAUUAUUGGGGAAGAAUAUGAUGAAACCUCAUCCAUCCUUGGCUGUAUUUCUCAAUCCUUAAUGCUGCAGUGCGUGUAAAAGAGCCAAAGCUUGUGUAUACAAUGAAGGUGGCAUCUUCCUUUCACAAUCACACCAAUCCACAGGAUGUAUGGUAUGUUCUGAUUGGAAUCCCAGGACUAGAAGAUCUACAUUCCUGGAUAGCCAUCCCCAUCUGUUCUAUGUACAUCGUGGCUGUCAUAGGCAAUGUCCUUCUAAUCUUCCUGAUAGUGACUGAACGCAGUCUGCAUGAGCCCAUGUAUUUUUUUCUCUCCAUGCUGGCAUUAGCAGACCUCCUGCUCUCCACAGCUACAGUUCCCAAGAUGCUGGCCAUCUUCUGGUUCCAUUCCAGGGGUAUAUCCUUUGGCAGUUGUGUGUCCCAAAUGUUCUUCAUACAUUUCAUCUUUGUGGCAGAGUCUGCCAUUCUUCUGGCCAUGGCAUUUGACCGCUAUGUGGCCAUCUGUUACCCACUGAGAUACACCACCAUCCUUACUUCCUCAGUCAUUGGUAAGAUUGGCACAGCAGCUGUGGUCAGAAGCUUUCUCAUCUGUGUUCCAUUCAUCUUCCUGGUAUAUCGACUUCUGUAUUGUGGGAGACACAUAAUUCCCCAUUCAUACUGCGAGCACAUGGGCAUUGCCAGAUUGGCAUGCGACAAUAUCACUGUCAACAUCGUAUAUGGACUGACAAUGGCCCUCCUGUCUACUGGGCUAGAUAUACUACUCAUCAUUAUUUCCUACACCAUGAUUCUUCGCACUGUUUUUCAAAUCCCUUCCUGGGCUGCCAGAUACAAGGCCCUCAACACAUGUGGCUCCCACAUCUGUGUUAUUCUUUUGUUCUACACCCCUGCAUUCUUUUCAUUUUUUGCCCAUCGCUUUGGAGGCAAAACAAUUCCUCGCCACAUCCACAUCCUAGUGGCCAACCUCUAUGUGGUGGUGCCCCCAAUGCUUAACCCCAUCAUCUAUGGGGUGAAGACCAAGCAUAUCCAAGAUCGAGUGGUUUUCAUUUUCUCCUCAGUGAGUACAUGUUAACAUGACAGCAGAUGUUAAAGAUAGCAUAUUCCCAAAUAAAACUCUUUUAAAUGUGAGCCCUGUGAGAAAUAGAAAUAAAUGAGAUUUAGAGUGCU